UACAAAGACGCUCAAUAGACACGGGACUUGUUUCUACGUCUGAGUACUUGUUCAGGAUUAACAAUCGGGACCUGACACAAGCUGACGCAUCUCUGAUAAUUCAUCAACCAUUUCGACCAUGGCGUCGAGCGGGAUGCGGAUCAAACCAUACCAUCAGCACGGCGUUUUCGGCAUCGCUUUCAUCAUCGUCAUCAGUAGCUGUAUCCUGCUCCAAAUUUCAGCACAGACCAUUGCAACGGAGGAGGAGGCAGAACUCCAAGAAGGGGAUGAUAAUAAUAACCUACUUUUCGGAGUAGAACACAAGAACGCAGAACAACGAGAUAAACACCAUGCCGUAGCGUAUGAGUGUAUGCUGCGAGAACUCAUGGAACAGCCCCCGGACGACGGGUUGUAUUGUAAUCUCACAUUCGAUUAUUGGGACUGUUGGAAUUUUACCCGAGCCGGUGAGGUCGCUGUUCACCCCUGUCCUUGGUGGAUACCGUCAUCAGAUUCACUACGAAAUGCGACCAAAAUAUGCAUGCCCAACGGCGAGUGGUAUGUGAGUACCGUUACCAACCAAACUUGGACCAACUACUCAACGUGUUAUCAACCUGUUAAAGAGACCAAUGUGAUGAUUGUGUUCUACGUUGGUUACAGCAUAUCAAUCAUCGCACUAUCCAUCGCACUAUUCAUCUUCUUCAACUUCAAGUCGUUGAGCUGCCCAAGGGUAACAAUCCACAAGAAUUUGUUCUUUUCCUUCAUCUUCGACGCUCUCUUCCAAAUCACCUUCUUCGCUCUGGUAGCCAGCAACAAGGACGUCAUCCAAAACGAUGGGGUAUACUGUAAGGUCCAUAACGUCUUAAAGCAGUAUUUCCAGCUCUGCAAUUACUUUUGGAUGUUGAGUGAGGGUCUUUAUCUACACACUGUCAUCGUAGUGGCUGUAUUCUCAGCAGAAAACCAUCAGCUUGUUCCUUACUUCAUCAUCGGUUGGGCGAUACCGAUUGUUCCAGCCUGUUUGUACGCAGGAUUUGUGGCACAUUAUCCGCCUGGUCCAUGCUGGGUUGGAGGUACACCGUUCGAGUGGUUGAUAGCUGGAUUCGUCAUUUUUGUACUCGCGGUCAAUCUUAUUCUCUUAUUAAACAUUGUAAGAGUGUUGGUGACCAAACUACGAGCGACACCGAUGGCAGGAUCAAAGAACUAUACACGAGCCGUACGGGCAACCCUCAUCCUACUACCCCUCCUUGGUCUUCAUUAUAUCAUCUUACCUGCCGCCCCUCCCCCAGGACUCGCUGCGGAUAUCUACUCUUACGUAAUGGCUGUCAUUCUCUCUUUCCAAGGUCUGUUCGUUGCUUGCAUCUUCUGCUUCUUCAACGGCGAGGUAAUGCAAACCGUGUCUAGGUGCAUCAAUAAUUUUGCCCUGACACACACCUCUUCUUCUCUCGGUUCGGCCGCCUGCCCUCCCCGUCAUACCAAAGUCAAAAUGCAAGUAAGGCGGAAGUGGUUUGCUCACCACUGGUGGCGUAGAGACAGUGAUUUUAGAGGGCGCUACGCAAACACCACAACGGUCACCGAAGCCUGUACCGUCACCGCACCCGUCAACAACCGGAUAAGCAGCGGUGACCAAGGCUGCCCCCUGCUGAAGAAAUCCCCAAACUUCAUCGGCAACGGCUCAACGCCUGGAGGAAGCCAGCGAAGUAGCUGCAGUAGUGGCGGCAGCCUGGCUGUCAAGUACCGGCCUGGAAGUGGCGCAAGUACAGUUUCAAAGACACCCGAGAUCGAGGAGAUCCCGGAGGUUAAGGUGGAGAACUACUCGUACAAAAUGAACGGAGAUAUCGGCGACAACACUGCAAUGGAUGAUGAUAUGGUCGAUGUUGUGUGUCCGCUCAUGGAAAGUGUAGAAUUAAGCACGAGAACGACCGAGGUGUAAAGGUGACGGACAGAAUGGACGGACACCAUGAUUUCUAUAACCAGAUGUAUGAUACUGUGAAACUCUUUUAUCUGCCUAAAGUCACAGGAUUCUUUCGGAGCUGGUGAACAACUUGUGGACCAUGAUUGCGAGAUAAGCCUUCAAAUCAAUUAUAAUAUAUAUAUAUUAUAAAUAUAUAGAAUAUGUGACUCGCAAAACAUUGUGGUGCUGUGCACUGCAGCCUCUUAUACGGUCUAGCGGGUUUUUGUUUGAUCUAGCAUGCCAUGUGUGCUAGAUUAUCAAAGUUGAACGAAGUUAAAUAUGUCAUAUAUAUUUCUAGAGACCUGUUUCGAUGAUGUUUUAUUGGAACAUGCAUGCUUUCAUGUGAAAAAAACUCAUAAUCUAUGUAUUUUUGUAUUAAACUUUUAAUUGUAGACCUGCAACGGUUAACGAGGAAAAAAUCUCGUAAUUAAGUCGGAAACUUAUUUCAUUUGUAAAGGAAGUAGAAUACUUUCGUAGGAUGAACUGAUGGGGCAGUGAUUUGCUAUGCAUUUAUUUCCAUUUGCUUGAUGUCAUUUUCUUUUAUAAAUUCGAAUGAUUACGAGUCACUUCUUGAAGCAAAUAAUUAUCCUGUUAUGAUCGGAAUUGUAUGAUCAAAAUGUAUUCUAAACAUCGUAUACAUUUAUCCGUGGGUAUGAUGAUUUACCAAAUAUAUUUAGUGGAUGUACAUGCAUCAGA